AUGAGAGAAGUCAUCCAUGGGCAAGUUUCCCAUAUCCAAGAAGCGCGUGUCAACAGGCGAGAUAGUCCAAGUGGCGAAGCUCCGGAGCCAAACAUAUACUAUCCGUCAGGAGUACUCGACGUUGAAGUGACAACAGCACGGUGGAGAAUCUUGGCUAUGAGAUGUACAUGGUGGAGCGGCGAUGACAAGUUAGGUUGCGGAGAUGGCAAAUACUGUCGACGGCCACACUGCCCCAAAUCAGCAACUGAGGAGACGGCCGAGAUACGAGAGACUGGCAGAUACGACGUCCACGCGGAAGCAAUUGUGAGGGCGCUGCCCAAGCUACGUCGGCGAGGACCGCCGCCGCGAAAGCGAAUACCACAGCCCAGCGAUGCCUCGAGCACAGGAGGUUUUCCCAGUAAGCUUGUCUGGUCACGAGAGACGGAGAGUGCGUCAGGAGAUGCGCAUUUAGCUGGAGUGUCGUCGCCAAAGCCACUAGUUCAGACUGCUUGUGAAGAAGCAGACCAACGACCAUGGAAAGACGACGUCGUGGAGCGGAGGCGGCCGCAGCGGCAGGGAAAGGAAAAUCGGCAUCCUGGGCGAGAUGAAUCUCCAAGGAAGCGAAGUCGACGUGGAACUCGAGGUCAGAGGAGGCGGGAGUUGCAGGCCGAGGACUUGACGAGCGUGUUGGGUUACUUAGAGGAGGAAUUUGCCGUGAAGGAGAGCCUGUCGGAAGAGCAGAUGUGGUGUACGCCAAUACCACAUGAGAGAAAGAUCUCGACUGCAGAAGAUUUCUAUAGAGCGUUCCACGAUACGAGCAACUUGCAGUUAUGGACGUGUAUGCUGUGCUACCGCAAGCGCACGAAAAAGGAGUUGAGAGAUGUUAAAUUGGAACCAUGGAAGUUGAACGGUAUUGCAAAUAACGGCCGGUCGCCGUUUUCAUGUCGGAGCUGCAUGCCUGAGGGCGAGAGUGUCCUAGUCUGCGCGGAGUGCGAACAUUGUUUGGGGCGCGACGCCCUGUCACCUGCGGCCCGGCUCCAUAGACGUAUUGGGCGUGAGCAUAUGUUCCCCGAAGAGCUGACUCCAGUGGAGGAGAAACUUAUCGCGCUGAACUCAUGUUACGGGUUCCUCACAAGAUACAGCGUUGCGAGCGGCCAUAAGCAAAAUGCCAUUUACCCAAAGCACAUCAAGGGCCACAUCACAGUGUUCCCGAACAAUGUGCAGGAGCUGGCCACAAAGGUACUUCCCCAUCCGCUCAUGCAAGUCAUGGAAGAGAUCCAUAUCUCGUGGCAAGGCGCGGAGAAGCCAGCACCAAGCGACCUGUCGGGGCUUUUGUCGGUCAGGCGACGAGUCGUUGAGAGGGCACUCGUCUGGCUGAAGAUGAACAACCCGCAUUACGCCGAGAUUGAGAUUGAUGCGGCGGAAAUGGAAAGCUGGGGCGCACCGCCGUAUGGGGUGCCGUCCCUGGUGUACGAUUGCAUGGAACGGAAUGAGCCAACGGCAUGGGAAAAGGCACGAACGGCGCAAGUUGUUCCCCCAACAGAGCGUGGUAUGGACGAAGAGGAUUCGUUAGAGAUCAAGGAGGUCCUCGCGCGCCUUAAUCGAGGAGAAGACGGAGACGAUGGCAGGACAGAAGGGCCAGGAUUGAGUGAAGACGAAGGUGGCCUCUGGAACGAGGCCGAGUCUGGCCAAUCGGGAAAACCGAUCAACGAAGUUACUUCGUCCGCUAUGUUUGCGCUGAAUGGACCGCCAGAUGUUCACGAUAUGGAAAAGGUUUUGUUUGCCUGCAACGUUGUGAACGGAGAUGCGGCCGGGAGAGCCAAGGCAGGCCCGACAACACGAGUGGAAUCGGUAGAGCGACGGACGGGGCUCGUCAACAGCUGUGAGCCAUAUAUUCACGUUCAUCGCGGUGAGGAAUUCGCCGACUCGUUUGACGCCUCGUUCUUCGCGAAGACCUUUCCCACGCUAUUACCGUUUGGUAUUGGAGGCCCACGUUUGGCGGAAGAAGCCACCCCCAGCGCGGGAACAGGUAGUGAUAUUCGUGGAGUAGAGGCAGCGGCGCAAGAUCUCGUCUCAUCCCGUAACAUGAGUCUGCGAGCGUGGGCCGAUAUCAUGCUCCGGCGCCAUGGGGGCCGAUUUGCGACGCACCAUAUUUUUGCUUUCCUUGUGUUUAACAUAAGCGUACGAUCGAAAAACCGUCGGGUCAGUAUGUUCACUCAACGACCAAAAUGGAAGUGCCCGAGCUGUGGAUCAGCGGGAAAUCCAUGUCAUUGCUACGUGCCUUUACGCGCAUCGACCACGGUGGAACAGAAAGAGUACAAGGGGUGCUCCAGCUGA